UUUGCUUUCUUUUCCACAGCAGAAGCAGGCAGUUGGCCUUCUUUCUUCCUCCAAGAAGAUCUGACAAAAAUAAUGUGUGCAUAAGUUUAAUUAGUUGACAGCAUAAGCUACAGGCAGUUGCUCUUUCUUUAUGUGAUUGUUAUUUCCUUUUUAUGUUAAUUAUUAUUAUUUCAUGUUCAAUGUUUGUUGAAAAAUUUGGCUAUAAACUGGAUGUUUUUGAUGUUAAGACUUUAACAAGUUUUCUUCCAUUCCUUUCGUUUUAACGGUGCGUUUUAAUGAAAGAAAAGAUUUUUUUUCCCCUUUUUUAAUAUGUGGGCCUGUUAUCUUCUUCCUUUUACCGUACUUCUCUCUGAGCAAUUAAAGGAAUUAAUGCCGGAAGUGGACGCAUAUCCGAAGGAUGUGGGUUGCAAAAUUGCAAUUGUAUCGCCUGUGAGGGGCUGAGCGAUGACGCAUCUGGUUAGGAUGGCUGACGGUCCUUUGCGCUCUGGACGCCCAGUCUCUUGACAUCGCCAACUAAAAUCUUUUUCUCGUCCUUGGGUGGUCUGAUCUGGAAGAAGGCAAGGUGAAGAUCCAACCCAACCUGUCGUCUAGUUGCUGGAUUUUAACGGGAUUAGGGUAGCGGCUGUCGGCACAUAUUCUUUGGCUGGUGAUCUGAUUCAUAGAUAGGUCUCAAGAACCCAACAAGAGGCUCAAGACAAUCCGGAAUAUUCUUAUGGGAGAUUGCCAUAUUAGUUAUGGAAUGUUAGUGGGUAUGGAUCAUGUACUGAUGCAGCAAUCACUGGCAUAAAUGCCUCCUCCAUUG